AUGUCGAUCGUGGGGAGAGAUAUAUAUCCAUCGCAUCUAGCCAGCCGACUCAAAUCCUUACCCUACUGGGGGGCUGCGCGCAUCCCCGGACACCCACCAACGACCCGCAAGGACGGUCCCGGCCUGCCCGACCCCCGCCAACUGGCGAAUUCUUACCUACCCCCCACGCCGCUGCGACCUGACCUCCGGUGGCUGCGGCCGCUCGCCAAGACCGGGCCGCCCGCCGCCACCAACUGGCCUGCUGGGGUUAAGGUCCGCAAAGUCCCUCUUACCGCGCGCCGCCUCACGGCAAGGCCGCCAUCCGGCGGCAUCCGCGUUGAUCCCUCUUCGGCCCGCGGCCCCUCCAUCCCCGCCCCAUCGCCGCCAACUGGCAACCUCACGCCCACCACCCCCGGCCCCUGGACCCCCCAGCCACGGGGAUCGCGGGGCCAGGCGUCCCGCCGCCCGGGAGAGGGCCCACGGCGCACCCGCAUCGUGCGCCCGCCCCGGCAGCAGCAACCACGCCGCGGCUCUGCGUUGCAGUGUCCACCGGCCACCCAGCCAGCCCUGCCGCUCGAGGUCCGCGGCGCCGCCCCCCUGCCGUGGAUGGCCUGGCGCGCCCUGCGGGUGGCGGACCACCCUUCCCACAUAUAUCUUCCGGACACCGCCAGGGUCGAAAGUGGCACAUCUAUGUUCCGGGGUCCAAACGUGUCUGGGAGGGGGAUGUUUUUGUAUGGGGUGGUCUGUGCACGGGUCAUUCCCUCCAUACAAAGUGGGCCUCCGGGUCAGUCCCAAACUCCCGCACUUUCGACACUUAAUGAAAUCGAGGCCGCGGCCCGCCAUAACUGGUGA